AUGAGCGGCUGGGCUCGCCCCCUUCUCCGCCUGCUGGCUGGGGCCUGCGGCCUCGCCUUCCUCGGCUACGCCGUCUACUUCGACCGGCAGCGGAGAAACGCCCCCGACUUCAAGCGCAAGCUGCGGCAGAAAAGAAGAAAAGAACGUGAAAAAGCUAAAGAGCAUGAUGCUGAGUUAUGCGAGAUGAAAAAUAUUGGAAGGGUACAGGAAUUCUUUCUGCAAGAGGUGCAGCUGGGAGAAUACUGGUUAUCUAGAGGAGAACAUAAGAAGAGUGUGGAGCACCUCACUAAUGCUAUUUCAGUGUGCGCACAGCCACAUCAGCUACUGCAGCUUUUGCACAAUACACUACCACCACAAGUCUUUGAGAUGCUUAUGGAGAGAGUACCAUACACAAAACAAGUACGUAUGCUUUUAAAAAGUUAA